CUUAACCUCAAGACCAGUCCAGGACCUGGUUUGACAUUCAGGACUUGGUUAGAACCCGCUUAGACAUCAGUACUAGCCCAAGAACUGGUUUGACCUGAGAUCCAGUCCAGAACCUGGUUUGACCUGAGGACCAAUCCAGAACCGGGUCUGACUUGAGGACCAGUCCAGAACCGGGUCUGACUUGAGGACCAGUCCAGAACCGGGUCUGACCUGAGGACCAGCCAAUGCCUGAAAUGGGGAACGGUUCGAUCAAAGCCCCUCAUCAAAGGGCUGAGGAGAACAGCUGUUUGGCCUCCAUUCACCCUGAACCUCCUGCUCUGUUCACUGAAGUACUCAGGAUGCGGAUCACUCAGCUGGAGGCGGAGCUGGAACGUCGGGACCAGGAGUUUCGAGCCCAGGAGCUUCAGCUGCAGCACCUUCAGAGGGAGUUGGACGCAAAGAUCUCCCAGAUCGACAAGCUGCAGGACGCCAUCGGAUACAACGUCUACACCGACGGCCUGGGACGCUCGCCCUCGGGACCUGGUCACCAUGGCAACCGCCGCUUCAGCAUCAUCAACCAAGGCCCGAGUCGCUUCCACAAGGUCGCUGUGGAAGUCCACCGAAGGCUGAAGGCCAAGGAGGGGGUCUCUGCUGAGCCCACCUCAGACCACUACUGUGGGGGGUUCAGAAUAGCCCACACCUCCACCACCAAGACCACACACAAAGACUCACAUACCAAGAAGCUCAUCAACGACGCCAUCAUGAACAACGACUUCCUGAAGAAGCUGGAGCCGCAGCACAUGAGGGAGAUGGUGGACUGUAUGUACGUGAAGAUCUACACCGAGGGCCAGCUGGUCAUCCAGGAGGGGAAACCCGGAAACUACCUCUAUGUACUGGCAGAGGGUUUACUGGAGGUGAUCCAGAACGGGAAGCUGCUGGGGGAGAUGCGUCCUGGGACAGCGUUUGGAGAACUGGCCAUUCUGUACAACUGUAAGAGGACGGCCACGGUCAAAGCUGUGUCCCAGUCUCACAUCUGGGCUUUGGACCGGCAGACCUUCCAAGCCAUCAUGAUGCGGACCACAAAGGCCAGACAUGAGGAGUACUUCAGCUUUCUGCGCAGUGUGUCUCUGCUCAGAGAGCUGCCAGAGGAGAAACUGGCCAAGAUCGUCGACUGUCUGGAAGUGGACUACUUUGAGAAAGGGGAGUACAUAAUCCGAGAGGGGGAAGAAGGGGACACCUUUUUUAUAAUCGCUAAAGGAGAGGUCGUUGUUACUCAGAGCACAGAGGGCUUCACUGAACCUCGGGAAAUCAAAACGCUGACGGUGGGGGACUACUUUGGAGAGAAGGCACUAAUCAGUGAGGACGUCCGUUCAGCCAACAUCAUCUGUAAUGAGAACGAUACACAGUGUCUGGUUGUGGACAGAGAUAAUUUUAACCAGAUGGUCGGCACAUAUGAGGAGCUUCAAUCAUACCUUAAGGAAUACGUGGAGGAGCUUUCCAGGAGUGAUGAGAGGAGAAACGCCAUUCCUCACUCUCCUCCCAUAGAGUCUGCAGAUGCUCAGGAGCUGCGAAGGCUGAAGGACAAAAUCGCUCUGCUGCCUCCACAUGAGCCGUUCACUGAGCUGAAGAUCAUCGCCACGCUGGGCAUGGGAGGGUUUGGACGAGUGGAGCUGGUGAAGUUACAGGAUGAGGACGUCACAUUCGCCCUGAAGUGCAUUAAGAAGAAGCACAUUGUGGACACGAGACAACAGGAGCACAUCUACUCUGAGAAGAACAUCCUCCAGCAGAUAAACUCACCAUUUAUCAUCAGGCUGUUUCGGACUUUUCGGGAUCAGAAGUUUGUGUACAUGCUGCUGGAGGUGUGUCUAGGGGGGGAGCUGUGGACGGUGCUGCGGGACAUGAGUUUUUUCGAGGAGCCCACAGCCAGAUUCUGCACCUGCUGUGUCCUGGAGGCCUUCGAUUACCUCCACACCAAGGGGAUUAUCUACAGAGACCUGAAACCGGAAAACCUUCUGCUGGACUCAAAUGGAUACGUCAAACUGGCAGACUUUGGCUUUGCUAAACACAUCGGUCUGGGAAAGAAAACGUGGACGUUCUGUGGAACCCCGGAGUACGUGGCCCCAGAGGUCAUCAUGAACAAAGGACACGACUUCGGCGCUGACUGCUGGUCUCUGGGAAUCCUCAUCUUUGAACUUCUCACUGGAUUUCCACCGUUUGGAGGCUCAGACCCUAUCAAGACCUACACCAUGGUCCUCCACGGCAUUGAGAAGGUGGACUUCCCCAAACGGAUCCGCAAACGUCCGGACGACCUCAUCAGGAGACUCUGCAAGCUUAACCCAGUGGAAAGACUCGGAAACAAAAAGAAUGGCAUCAUCGACAUAAAGAAACACAAAUGGUUCCAGGGUUUUAACUGGGAGGGUUUGAGACGACACAAACUCCUGUCUCCACUGAGGAGGGAGAUAAAGGGUCCGACGGAUCACAGCCACUUUGACAUUUUCCCUCCUGAUCUAGAGGAGCCUCCCGAUGAGUCGUCUGGCUGGGAUAAGGACUUUUAAGGAAUGUACAGAAAACAAAGAAGAAAAGUUAUAACAAAAACAACAUCAAAAUGUAGCCCACACUGUCAUUGUCAUUUUCUGUGUUUUAAUUAAGUCCAGAUACACAUUAUCAGGCAGUUAUACAAUAAUGAUUAUUAACAAACCCCCUCUGUGGGUUUACGAAGGGCUUUUUUAUAUAUUUGAUUUUGUACAUAUGUUGAAAUUCUUGCUUUCCCAUAACCUCUUCCAUGUGUCUGCUGAUGUAUUUCAUAAACCCAGACUUAGUAAAUGUAGAGGCAGAUUCUGAAGGUAUUCCAGAAGGACCCCAAAUACUCUUUUAACACAGUGAAUU